AUGGGCCUGUGUGUGUGCCUCAGUCUCCACAGGGAGCGCCAGCAGGUGCUGCAGGCCUUGGAGCGGCUCCAGGCUAAGAUGGCCCAGAGGGAGGAGUGGACACACAGUGAGAGGCUGGGGGUGCUGAGGGACGCCCUACAGAGCCCACUGCUAGGACACAUCCUCACGCUGCAGCACUCCAUCAAACAACUCAAAGACCAGCUGAACUGCAUGCCUCCCGACACCUGCAGUGAGUUCAGCUUCUCCAGGAAGGGCCAGCUGAUCGUCAGUGCCAGCCGCCCGGCCAGCAGCCUGUGCACAUCCGGCCCCGGCUCGGUGCUGUCCAACGGCUCAGCCCUCUCCUCAGUGGGUCUCCGCUCCCCCGACCAGCUCCAGAGAUGGCUCCACGCUGCCGCCAAGGGGAGGCCAACUGAGCACAUCAGCCUGCCCAAGCCCCUGUCUGGAAGCCUGGGCUUCAGUGUGGUAGGCCUGAGGCCGGAGGGGACUGGGGGCCACGGGGUCUUCAUCAGACAGGUCCAGCCUGGAAGCAUCGCACACAGGGAUGGGCGCAUGCUGGAGAACGACCAGAUCCUGGUGAUCAACGGGACCCCCCUGGACCAGAGUGUCACCCAGCAGCAGGCCAUCACGCUGCUGCAGCAGCCUGGGGACAGAGUGGAGCUGGUGGUGGCCCGGAACCCAUCAACUGCCACACAGCACACACCACUGCUCCCCCCCGGACCCAUCAUUCAAAAUGAGCAGUGGGGCCAUGUGGAGGAGAUAGAGCUGGUGAACGACGGCUCGGGCCUGGGCUUCGGUAUUGUUGGAGGCAAGGCCACAGGAGUGGUGGUGAGGACCCUGGUGCCAAACAGUGUGGCUGAUAAGGAUGGGCGUCUGCGUACCGGCGACCACAUCCUGCGUAUCGGGGAGACCCCCACGUGGGGCCUGGCCAGUGACCAGGUGGUCAAGGUGCUGCAGGGCUGCGGGAGCCGUGUGCGCAUGCUCAUCGCCCGUGACCCCUCGGGACAGCCCUCCACCUCCUUGCCGCCCCCUCCCCCGCCCGCCGCCAGUCCCGUCUCAGCCCUGCCCCCACUGCCUGGAGUCGGACCCCAGCGCAGGCUCAGCAGGACUCCCAACCUGGAGGGUUAUGAGAUCCAUGAAGUGCCUCUGAUGAAGGAGGAGGGCCAGAGCCUGGGCAUCUCCAUCAUCGGUUACAAUGCCUUUACCAGUGAAGACGCGUUGGGAGUGUUUGUGAAGAAUGUAGUUCCUGGGAGUGCAGCUGAGCAGAGUGGGAACAUACGCAUCCACGACAGGAUCAUAGCGAUGGACGGGGUUAGCCUGCAGGGCUUCACGAACCAGGAGGUUCUGGGGGUGAUGAAGCAGACGGGCCAGACGGUCCACCUCACCCUGGCCAGGAAGAUGGCCUCGCCCAGACCCUCACUGGAGAGGUCCCUGGACAAAGUCCAGAGAGAGCCGUCCCGUGUGUCUCUGAAGAGGUCUGCAGAGAUCAAAGCUCGGUCAUCAGACCUGCAGAGGGCCUCCAGCGUGGCCUCCAGCGUGGCCCCCCUACUGGAGCCCACUGAGACACUUCUGAUGAGCACCAGCAGAACACAGCUGGCCAGUGCUAUGGAGGGAGUCUCUCUGUCUGAGCUGGAGCUAAGGGCCAAAUGGGAGCAGGCCCUGGGGCCAGAGUACGACGUUCUGGUGGUUGAACUGGACCCUGUCAUCGAAGGUGACGCUGAGCUACAGAAGUACUCGAAGCUUCUUCCCAUCCACACCAUGCGUCUGGGGGUCGAGUUGGACUCGUUCGACGGCCACCACUACGUCUCUUCUGUGGCCCCUGAAGGCCCUUUGGCCAAACACGGGCUCCUGAGACCAGAGGACGAACUACUGGAGGUGAACGGGGUGCAGCUGUACGGUAAGUCGAGGCGCGAGGCGGUGGCGUUCCUGCGUGAGGUUCCCCCUCCCUUCACCCUGGUGUGCUGCAGACACCUGACAGAGGACGACUCAGACUAUCAACCAGACCGCCAAGACGACUAUUGCUCGCCCAGCCCUGCCGUCAGCUUGUCUGAGCUUGAAACCAAGCUGUCCUCUGUGUUGAUAAGUCAGGCCUACCUCCGGGACAAUGACAGUGAACAACCUCCGGACCACGUGACCCUGCAGGAGGUGUCGGAUGAGGAGCCGGAGGAGCCAGCGCCCACGUACCCCAUCCACCAGGAGGAGAUGCAGCAGGGGACGAGAGGGGAAGAGGAGGAGGAUGAAGAGGGAGAGCUGGCUCUGUGGUCCCCGGACAUUCAGUUGUUGGAGCUGGAGAAGGGAGAGAGAGGCCUGGGCUUCAGCAUCCUAGACUACCAGGAUCCUCUGGACGUUGCGCGCUCCGUCAUCGUCAUCCGCUCGCUGGUGCCCGGCGGCGUGGCAGAGUGCCAUGGGGGCGUGCUCCCCGGGGACCAGCUGGUGUUUGUCAACGACACCUACCUGGACACGUGCACCCUGCCCCAGGCCGUGGAGGUGCUCAAGGCCGCCCCGUCUGGAACCGUCUACUUGGGCAUCUGCAAGCCAUUAGUGAUGGAAGGAGCAGAGGAGAGGGGACAUGGGGACCUGGCGCUCCGGGGGACAGAGGGACAGAGCACGGGCCGAGAGGAGAGUGUGUCCCUCUUGUUUACACACUCACUCCUGCCUGUUUCCAAGGGCUUUGCUGAUGGCUCCAUCCUCCCGGAGGAUCUUGGACAGGAAGAGGACGAACGCGAGCUGAUCCUGGACGGUAGCUUCCCUCGCUACACCUCACCUUUGACCCCUGCCUUGACCCUUAACCCCACCCCUACAUUGACCACUAGGAGCCUUAACCCCACCCCCACUCCCACCUUGACGCCCAGCCCAAAUGGAGAGGAGAGGGAGAUGGCUGUGGAUGAUGAAGAGGAGGAUAGAGUGGAGGAUAGGGAGGGGCAGGUGGUCGACCCCUACCCCAGAAAACCCCCACCUUCGUGGGGAGAGUGGGCGAGAGACAACGGAGGCCCCGUCCCGCCGGCCUCUGUCCACUCUGGAGCUCAGGAAAAGGUGAGUGCGCCACUGUGUGGAGAGAUGUCCAAUCCAGACCUGCAGCCCAGAGCCCUUCUUGACCAGCUCUCUCUGGGUCAGUCUGUGGACUCCUGGGUGGAGACGGGUGGGGACAGUGAGGCAGACUCAGACUCCAGGAACGGAGGAUCAGAACUCACCCUGACUGACACGGACACCGACUCGGUGCGUUUGGUUGACACGGAGAGGAGGAAGAGGAGGGGCCAGGGUGGAGGAGGACAACACAGUGAUCUACCUGAGAGGGAGGAAGGAGAGGGAGAGGAAACCCCUGCGUUCAGCCACUGGGGACCCCCACGCAGGGUGGAGGUGUGGCAGGAGGAGGGCGAGUCUCUUGGCAUAAGCAUUGUGGGCGGGCACAGCGUCAUCAAGAGACUGAAGAAUGGAGAGGAACUCAAGGGCAUCUUCAUCAAACAGGUACUGCCGGAGAGCCCAGCGGGACGCACUUGCGUGCUGAAGACCGGAGACAAGAUAUUGCAGGUAUCAGGUGUGGACCUCCAGAAUGCCAGCCAUGAGGAUGCGGUCCAGGCCAUCAAGGCAGCUCCCAGUCCCGUGGUCUUCAUCGUCCAGAGCCUCACUGCCACGCCGCGGCCUGUCUCGUUAACCGCGCCCAGUUACAACAAACACAAGGCAAAGAGGAGAGUCAUGCCGAACGCGGCAGUAGGAGGCGCCCCUCCCCCGAUGAGACUCCCCCCGCCCUACCGACCCCCCAGUCAGCUGACAGAGGAGCAGGACGAGGAGCUGGAAGAGGCCAAAGAGCGGAUCAGGCUGCGCUACGGGGAGCUGUGCGGGGAGCUGCUGUGUGUGGAGCUGGACAAAGAGCGCCACGGUCUGGGCCUGAGCCUGGCGGGGAACCGCGACCGCGCCUGCCUCAGUAUCUUUGUGGUGGGCAUCAGCCCCGGGGGCCCCGCUGCCAAAAACGGAAACAUCCGUGUUGGGGACGAGUUGCUGGAGAUCAACAACCAGGUCCUGUAUGGCCGCAGCCACCUGAAUGCCUCAGCCAUCAUUAAGAGCGCCUCGUCCAAGGUCAAGAUUAUCCUCAUCAGGAACGAAGAUGCUAUCAACCAGAUGGCCGUUCCCCCCUUCCCAACUCCUCCUUCUGUCCUCUCUUCCACUGAGGCUCCUCCCCCCACACCACCAGCAGCAGCAGCGGUAUCAGCCUUGGCCCUCACAGAGAAGCCCCAACCUCCAGAGAGCCUGGUCCUCUGCAGGGGCCCCCUGGAGGCCUCCAUCAGCAAGGGGCAGUCCAGUGUCGUCUCCAGUGGGAGCACAGCUACAGAGCUCAUCUCCAGAGAAACAACACUCAAGAGCAUCCGAGAGGGAGAGACCGCCUCCAAGAAGCUCAAGGCCUCUGAGAAGGGGGCGGAGUCUUCGGAGAGCAUGCCUGUGCCGGAUGUCAAGGCCCUCCUGGAGCAGACUGCCAACCUGUCCAAGGUCUCGCAGAGCUCCAGUAAGGUGCCAAUUGUGAGCGCUGUGGACGGAGGGCUGGUGUCCCCCCCUGUAGCCUCCCUGCCCUCCUCCUGCACUGGUCCAGACUUUGAGUACUGCAGCAAAGACCCAGCCACUUGUCCUAUCGUUCCAGGCCAAGAGAUAGUCAUAGAGAUCGCCAAGGGUCGCUCUGGCCUGGGCCUCAGCAUCGUAGGGGGCAAAGAUACACAGCUGGAUGCCAUAGUGAUCCAUGAGGUAUAUGAGGAGGGGGCGGCGGCACGCGAUGGACGACUCUGGGCUGGAGAUCAGAUCCUGGAGGUGAAUGGCGUGGACCUGCGCAGCGCGGCCCACGAAGACGCCAUCACAGCCCUGCGGCAGACCCCGGCCAAGGUGCGUCUGACGGUGCUACGGGACGAGGCGCAGUACCGCGACGAAGAGAACCUGGACGUGUUCAGUGUGGAACUGCAGAAGAAGGCCGGCCGCGGCCUGGGCCUCAGUAUCGUCGGCAAGAGGAACGGCACGGGGGUGUUCAUCUCGGACGUGGUGAAAGGGGGCGCCGCCGAGCUGGACGGCCGACUGAUGCAAGGGGACCAGAUCCUCUCUGUCGACGGCGAUGACAUGAGGCAGGCCUCGCAGGAGACUGUGGCCGCCAUUCUCAAGUGUGCCAGGGGGGUGGUUCUCCUAGAGCUGGGUCGACUGAAGGCUGUCUCCUGGAUCUCUCCCAGACACACCUCCCAGGGAAGCCAGAUGAGCCACGUGAUUGCCAACAGCACAAUCGCCACGCCCCACCCCCCGCUAAACUCCACCCCCUCCACCUCUCAGCUCCUCAACAACGCCAGGAAGCCCAUGACGGAGAGCAUGACCUCAUCAAAGAGCGCAGGAGCAGAGAUGGGUGUGCGCACUGUGGAGAUCACGCGGGGUCCUACUGAUGCGUUGGGGAUCAGUAUAGCUGGGGGGAAGGGCAGUCCUCUUGGGGAUAUCCCCAUCUUCGUGGCUAUGAUCCAGGCCAACGGGGUGGCAGCCAAGACACACAGGCUCAAGGUAGGAGACCGGAUCGUGAGUAUCAACGCUCAGUCUCUGGAUGGCCUGUCCCAUGGGGAUGUGGUCACCAUGCUGAAGAAUGCCUACGGUAGCAUCAUUCUCCAGGUGAUCGCUGACACCAACAUCAGUGCCAUAGCCAGUCAGGUGGAGAGUAUGUCCACUAGCACCAGCCUUCCCAACAGCCCAGACACACAGCCAGGGGAGCCAGAGUCCCCCAAGCCCAAGAAUAUCUCUCUUGAGAAGGGUUCUGACGGACUGGGCUUCAGCAUUGUAGGGGGCUUCGGAAGCCCUCAUGGAGACCUGCCCAUCUACAUCAAGACUGUCUUCAGCAAGGGGGCAGCGGCGGUGGACGGGCGUCUGAAGAGGGGUGACCAGAUUCUGUCAGUAAACGGAGAGAGUCUGGAGGGGGCCACCCACGAACUGGCCGUGGCCAUACUGAAGAGACAGAGGGGGGCCGUCACUCUGGAAGUCCUCUCCUAGCUCACACACACACACAUACACUUAUACCCCCACUGGCAAAGCAACCAUUAUGGGGUUGAACUGGUUUCAACUUUCCAACGUGCAAAAAAAAAAAACAAGACUCUGUUCCGUUGAGUUGGCCAACAUCUGAUGCCCAUCUUCACCCUUAUAAACAGCCCAUUAACGAGAAAGGGGGCAUUGUUUCUGGAAGGAUUCGGUCACUAGGUGGCACUGCCAAGGAGAGCCCUGCCCUGUAGAGAUGUAGAGAACGUGUGUGCCGCACCGCGUUCAGCUGUGCCCUCAAGUGAACCAUGAGAAAUAAGAGGACUGUAAUCUGGGGGGGCUGCAGGAAGUAGUGACACCUAACUUCCUGUGUUCCAUCUUAAGAGCCUCACUUUGAGGGUGCUCCGAUCGCUGCGCUGACUGGAUACACACCACUUAAAAUGGCAAAUGCUUGGAUAUUAUACAGCAAGGAAUCACAGGGAAGCUUUACAGUCUCUCUGCCAUUUCAGCUUUUAUUUGUGUGAUCGCACCCGUGCUUCCUACAUAGAACACUGGUAGAACAAUAUGAGAGGUUCAGUUGGUUGAGGUCUCUUCAACGUUAGCCUAGCGUUAGCUUAGCAUCUCCCUGAUCGGGAGACACUGGAUAGCUGUUAGAGAUGUCAGCUUCAUUUGCUGCUAAUGUGCGAAUGGUCUCGGCAGGGAACGGGGCUGCGACACACUAAACUGGAACAGGUCAUUUAGACACACACAUACUGUAUAUACACACCCACACACAGUAGGCUAGUGAGUCACUGUCAGGUCGACGCACAUCUUCUCAUUCCUCAUUGCCCGCACACGAUUUAAACUCGUAGUGUCAUACUCUUACGCAAAGGUAGUACAUUCAACAGUCUAGUCCCCUCAAACACAACUCUGGACCUUGAAGCUAGUUCCACUGUGUUUUCUUGCAUUGUUGCCCUCUAAUCAGGGGUCUGAUUUAGACCUGGGAGGUGGGUGAAAUGUAAUGAUCAGGUAGAACAGAAAAGCAGCAGGCUCCAGACCUCAUAGGCUCAGAGUUGAAUAACCCUGCUCUAGUCUAGAAGUGUGGUCAACUAAAUGAAUCGAUUGCGUUUAUGCUGAAAUAACUGGUAACCUGCCGUGUACUUCUAUAACACUUCAUAGCAUGACACAGCACCCUCUGGAGCCAUUCGAACGCAGUUAUCAAGGCCAACAACUGCUGUCUGGUUAAUCACUCUGCAGUAUGUUGUGUAGUCCUGCUAAGAGCUGUAAGCUUUUGUGCGUGUCACGAAGGAGUUUUGCCUUGCGUAUGCAGAUGUGAGACCGGUUAUUAGUACACAGUGUUGCCAAAUUACCUGAACCCCCCCCCCUUUGAAUCCGAGACCGUUUAGCAAAGCGAGGAAAAAUAUAUACACUAUGCGUUUGUUAGCAUUGUUGCGGCAGACACGUUGCUAUUAGCGAUACAAUAUAAUGUAGGCGAAUCUCAGGACUUAAAUCGGGCAUUGUAUCAGUUGCGGGGCCUGCUUGCUUUCCCCUCGUGUGGGUUUGUAUGGAGGUUAGCCGAAUCUUUACCUCCCUUUGUCGCUGACCCUGGAGUAUCCCCGUAAGCCUAUUUAAGGUCCUAUGAAAUGGUGUCAAACUACGUCCAUGUCUUAGCUAGUCUGCGCCAAGAUAUUUGUGCUCUACUCCCAUGGUCAUUGUCAUGCCAAACAGUACUGGAACCAGGCUUUGUCUUAACUGAGAAAAGGGAGAAGGAUCAUUCUGAUUGAUGCUUUGAGUUGGACGAUUCACCUCCCAGCCAAUCCGGAUCAUUUGAACUUUGUUGGACUGGACACGUGCAUUUCAAUGAAGUGCCAUUACUCUCUGUUUUACCUGCCUUUGUCAUUGUUUUUAUUUGUGUCAUGCGGAUGGUACUGCAUGCAUGUUACCGUAAGCCUAUUCUUUUGUUCAGACAUGUACCAACCUAUACCAACGUUUUUUUAUCAUUUGGGGCACUAUCAGAAGCAAUCGGUUUCUUGUGGCGAGCCGUUGUCGUCAUCUAUCAAGGGUGCAUUCCUUAGGCAUCAAAUGAAAAUGGACUGAAACAGGAAGGGACACCCUGAACUUAAUAAAUGCUUGUUUUGUUUUGCGUUGCAAGACAAUUUGCCACGGUGUGCACUAAUGAAUACAAACCAUGUGUGGCUGUAGCUCCACACUGUUCUGUCCAGCUGCGAGAGGAGCUCACCACGUCCAACAAUUACAGGAUAUCCUCUCUCCCUCGGCUGGAGCCUGUCGUCUGUUUCCCAUGUCGCUGCAACCCCUCCACGCUCACGGGAAGUGACAACAACUCCAAGACACUUUCAGCCCCCCCCACACAGUUGUAUUCAUUAGGUCCCAAACAGGAGAAAGUAGACUGAAAAAAGGAGGGACUACCUGAAUUUGCCCAAUACAAAAACACUUGUUUUCCAUUGCAAACCAUUUAGCUACGUUGUGCCAUAAUGAAUAUGACCCCGGUUAACACUAAGGAAAACCUGCAUAUUAACUCUCGCGCCGUGUCAGUAAAAGUGCAAUCUGGUGUGCGUCCUAAAUACUUGGGUCCUAGGAUUUAGGGGAGGUCGGCCUAUUAAGGGGACUGACUCCUGCUCUGCCGUGAGUCGCUGAUGUGCUAGAGUAGAUUGUUAUGUGUGUGUUCAUCAUACAUCAGUCUUAUUUCUGUGAGAGCCUAUUUCUAUAAGUCUUAAUGCCGAUCCCUUUAAAGAGAUUCAUUUUAAACUUCAUCUUUUCCUCUCUCAUGCUGUGAUCUCUCCAUCUACUCUAGACUUUUAGAUUUUGUCUGACUUUGUCCUAUGUGUGUCAAUCGGCAAUAGGCUGUGUGUGUUUGUACACGUGCACGUGUUCGUCAGAAGUUGGACUAAUGAUGAUUCCGUCACGCCCAAUAGUUCCGUCUAUAUUUCCAUUGAACUCAGCGCUCGUCCGUAGCUCCACAGAAAACGUAUUUUUUUCACGUCAUUGAUCGAUGAAACGCAUUUUCAAAUCCAAAGAAACAAUCCACCCUUCCUAUAUAUCGAUGUGUGACAAACUCUGCUGUAAUGACGUGUGGCUACACAGUAUAUCUAUAGAAAAAUAUAUUGUCUAUGAUCACAAAUGCAAGUCUCCUCUUUUAAAAUGUGUUUAGCCUACUGACUGUGGUCAAUACACUGAUGCAUUUCGUGAAUUCUGACUAAUUGUUUGAUGAUGUUUUAUUAAAUACAAGGGGAGCACAAUCAUUUCCACCAUGUCCUA